AUGUCUCGAGAUUUUCGGAGUCACCUUCCAGGUGCGCAGCCGUUCCAGCACACCGCGACGCAGGGAUUCCCCGACGCCGCGCUAUUUGAAUGUGUGGACCUUUGUGGACCUUGGGACGGGGAGUAUCUUCUCAUGGCAGUGAAGAACAGCUAUGGCCAUGUGACAGGAGCCCAGGUGCCCACCACUGCGCCUCAGCUGGGGCAGGGCACCAUGGCCCCGGCCACCCAGCUGACGAGUCUGGCUCCGGGCGCGGGCUGCCCCUCGAGCUGUGGGCCUACCAUGCCGACGGGGCCAGUCUACCAGACAUCGAUGGCACCGGUUUAUUCCAAGACCACUAUGGCACCAGGCCCUAAUAGCCAGACUUUGCUGCAUCAUAUCAAGCAGGUGCCAACGCCCUGCAAGUACCGCAGUCAGAUGGUGUCCAUGAUUCCCACGACCUUGGCGCCCAGUGGAUCCUAUAUGAGCUCCAAAGACUCUGCACCCAAUUCCUUGUGCAGCACGGUGAAUCGCACCAAUCAGGCGGGCAAGUCGGCCGCAGCGCCGGUGCCGGGUCAAAGUGCACACUCGCUUCUGGGCCCUGCACGGCAGCAGUCCACCGAUCUGGUGCAAACAAUCCAACUGACGCAGACGGAACUGCAGGAGCGAAUGACCAAGCAGCAGCAGCAACAUUUGCAGGACAAAGAGCAAGAGUUAAGUCACCAUUUUUAUCAGACCUGGUCAGCCUCUUCCAUGGCGGAGAGCUCCAGCGAACUGGCACCGGGGCGCCGCGGCUACCUCUGCGGCGUCGCCUGCAUUUGCUUCGUGGCGGUGGUCUGGACGUUCGCAACGGUCUUGAAGCAGAUCAUCUUCAGCGAUCUGAAAUUUGAUGAGCCGCUCAUUCUGACCUACGUGUGCAACGCCUGCUAUGCAGUGCAUUUUCCGUUGCAUGCGCUUCUCAGAGUGACUGGCUUGGUGCAGCCCAUCCCGUGGCGCCGGAAAGCCGAGUCGACGGCGAGCGCCGAGUCGACGGCGAGCGCAACGGCUGAGAUGCGCGAAGCCAUGGUGGCCGGUUUGAUCAUCGCCCCCCUGUGGUUCUUCGCCCAGUGGACCUACAGCGCCGGCGUCGCGGGGACCUCUGUGACGGCCUCCACGGUGAUCAGCACCACGUCGGUGGUGUGGACGUUAGUGGGGAGCAUCCUCUUUUUGAAGGAGAAGGUCACGGUUCCUUGGUGA